GGGAGCUCAUUGUGCGGAGUGAUCUGAUACGGACUACACCCAGCCGCUGCCUCACUGCCCUGGCUUUCUUUGCUGCCCCAGCCUUGACGUUGGUUAACGUCGGAGUGUGGGUUAGAUUGGAGACUCUAAAUUCGCCUGUUGGUUUUCUUCCAAUUCGGCUGUCUUUUGAUUGGCAACCUCACUUCCAAAGCUGUAGGGAUUUUUAUAUAGCAUCAAUUUCUUGAAUAUGUCUUGGCAAAGCUACGUGGAAAACCUGAUGGCCGAUGGCAGCUGUCAGGAUAGCGCCAUUGUUGGGUAUACGGACGCCAAAUAUGUUUGGGCAGCACAUGCCGGUGGUACAUUCAACAAUAUCACGUCUCAAGAAAUUGAUGUCCUUAUUGGUAAGGACAGGGAGACCUUUUACACCAGCGGUCUCACUCUGGGCUCAAAGAAGUGUUCAGUCCUCAGAGACAGCCUCCAGGAUGACGGGGACUGGACAAUGGACAUCAGGACAAAGAGCCAAGGAGGAGAACCUACAUACAAUAUCUCUGUGGGAAGAGCUGGAAAAGUAUUGGUUUUAGUCAUGGGAAAGGAGGCGGUCCAUGGUGGAAAUCUUAACAAGAAAGCACAUGCAAUGGCUGAGUACCUGAGGAGGUCUGGAUAUUAAGCAACCUCUCCACCCAUCCAUCAACUUAGCAGCUCACUCCCACUCACUGCAUUGUGUCGACACUACUUCCAGGAUUAGAUGGCAUACAAUGUAACUUCCUCCCCAGUCUACUUUUUAUAUACAGCCUUUUGUUUGCUAAACUCUCCCCACCCUCCUUUCUUUUUUUUUUUCUUUCUUUUUUUUUUUUUUUUUUAAAAAGGACAAAACCAUCCCCACUUUAACAUUGUACUUCUCAUGUUUUGGCACUACAGUAAUGGCAUGUUCUUUGAAAUGUUUAAUAACCAAAAGAGUGUGUGCAAACAAUUAUUGCAAGUGUAAUAAAAGUGUUAAACAAAUUUGGACUCUCCUUGUUUAACAUUCACUUAGUGACUAGCUAAUAUACCAUGGGGAAGUACACAUGUAAUGGUGGUGACAGUUUGCAUAGUUGUGCUUUUUUGAGCAUUACUAAAAUAUGCCGGGGUCAUUUUUUGUUAGUUUUUUAUUUUAAAUCAGCAUGUGGGCAUUUAAAAGUUGCAUGCAUACACCUCUUUAGCAUACAAAUCCCAGUCCUAUCUUCUCUCUGUCCCAGUGUAAUAUUCCAGCCAAAACCAUCUUCUCAUCUGCCUCCAUCUUCAAGUCUUCGGUAGCCUCCAUUAAAGAAAUGGCAAAUUUCCUCUGACAAAGUCCUGUAUGUGUGUACCGAUUCGCCACCUUCGGGCAUAACUUCUUUUACCCUUCAUCUCAUGCUUUUGCUGUCGUACCUGAAUGUGGUCUUAAAAGUUAAUGAUGUGGUGUUGGGCUGUUUGACUGUAGUGUAAGGUCAGCAUUGCUGAGGUCUCAAGAUAUUGUCGUGAUACUUCCACACAUCCUGGAGUCUCAGUGGACAUUCCACCUCUGUGACGGCUCAAGACACUUGUCAGUCAGCUCCUGCUAUUUGUAAAUUUUGCUGUGAAUCACUACACGUUAUGUGAAGUUAUUUUCCCCCCUUCCCUUUGGACCAAUUGUCAGUAUAAGAGGAUUAUCAGAAUUACUUCAGCUUAUUCUGAUGGAUGAUUGUUGGCAUCACCUGUUGACUGUAAAUCAUUAAGACAACUUCAGAUGACUGUAAAACAUUUAACUGCUUCUUUAGACUUCAACACUACUUAAACUUUUCAUCACUAACUGAUUUGUUGCUAACUUCAUGUCCGUUAACCAAUGAAAUGGCAAUGUCAUUUUACUACAGUAUGAAUGCAUUUUGACUGUAAACCCAGGCUGUUGGGCCUUGGAAUUAUUUGCCUUGUGCUUUAGUCAUCAAAGGUGUAUUCACAAAUUGUCAUAGUACGGUACUUAGAAGUAUAUUUAAAAGAAAAAAUGAUGCUGUGUACACUAAACAUAUUGAAAAUGGUGUUGGUUGGAAUAAGAACAUUUGUAAGUUGUCUUGUGAAAAUUUUCUGAGAAUAAUUGUGUAUUCUGUGCCAUAAAAUCGAUCUGAUCUGUUGCUACUACAAGUUGGAUUUUUAACUGCUGCCCCAGCAAGAAGUAACUUUUAAUGGCACUUUCCUAAGGGAUAUUUUGGCAUCAGUAAUCUCCAGACUUUGUGGAAUAUGUACAGAAUUAAACGACAGAAAAAUAUGUUUGCAAUAUUUUGUCUUUUUUUUUUUUUUGAGAUGGAAAUUCCUUCUGCCACAAAAUCUGCUAUUUCAAAUGCCAUGAAUUGAUGAGACAUCUUGUUUACAGACAGAUCAAAUAAAAGUUAUUCCAACCAGAGGUAAAGCCAA